GUCUCACUAAUACAAUACCGCUUCUCUCUCUCUCUCUCUCUCUCUCUCUCUCUCUCUCUCUAUCUCGCUGUGAGUACUGUGUGUGUGUGUCUGGCUAGUCCCUCUUUGCUUUCAAGUCGUCUUAGCCUUAUUUCCUGGGUAUUGUUGUAGUCUGUGCAGUGUUGAAUAAGAACUCCAUGGCAUCGGUGGUGUUGUUAGGACUAGUAGUUGUCCUGGUUGUUUCGUUGAUUAGAGUUGGAUAUGUCACCAUCUCAUGCUACUGGUUGACUCCCAGACGCAUCAAGAAAUUCAUGGAAAAGCAAGGAAUCACCGGCCCCAAACCUCGUUUUAUAGUUGGAAACCUCGUCGAUGUAGCAGCCCUUGUGGCUAGCGCCACUUCUAAAGAUAUGGACUCCAUCCACCACGACAUCGUCGGCCGCCUAUUGCCGCAUUAUGUUCUCUGGUCUAAGCAAUUUGGAAAACGCUUCAUAUUUUGGAAUGGAAGCGAGCCGCGGAUGUGCUUGACGGAGACAGAGAAGAUCAAAGAGCUUCUGUCUUCCAAGUGUGUUAGUAUCUCCGGUAAGUCAUGGCUACAGCAGCAAGGGACGAAGCACUUUAUUGGCCGGGGUUUGUUGAUGGCUAAUGGAGAUGACUGGUACCAUCAGCGCCAUAUCGUUGCUCCAGCAUUUAUGGCAGACAAGCUCAAGAAUCAUGUAGGAUACAUGGUGGAAUGCACCAAACAGAUGCUCCAAUCACUACGCUCCAAGGUGGAGUCGGGCGAAACAGAAGUCGAAAUCAGUGAAUGCAUGAGUCAGCUCACUGGAGACAUCAUAUCUCGAACUGAAUUCGAUAGUAGCUAUGAGAAGGGAAAGCGCAUAUUUCAUCUCCUUAACUCGUUGCAGCGCCUCUGCGCUCAAUCCACCCGCCACCUAUGCUUCCCGGGUAGCCGAUUCUUCCCUAGCAAAUACAACAGGGAAAUCAAAUCAUUGAAGAUGGAGGUGGAGAAACUAUUGAUGGAGAUCAUCCAGAGGCGAAAAGAUUGUGUCGAGAUCGGUCGGAGCUCAUCCUAUGGGAAUGAUUUACUGGGCAUGCUUCUGGCCGAGACCCAGAAGAAGAGAGCUGGGGGGUUCAGCUUCACCCUUCAAAUGCUCAUGGAUGAAUGCAAGACUUUCUUCUUCGCUGGGCACGACACCACUGCUCUCCUGCUUACAUGGACAAUCAUGCUCCUGGCCACUAACCCCGAAUGGCAAGACAAGGUCCGAGCAGAGGUGCUCCAGGUUUGCAAUGGGGAGGCACCCACCAUUGAUCAACUCUCCAAGCUCUCCCUGUUGAACAUGGUGAUAAACGAGUCGCUUCGCUUGUAUCCACCGGCUUCCCUUCUCCCCCGAAUGGCAUUCGAGGAUAUCAAAUUGGGUGACCUCCACAUUCCGAAGGGCCUCUCCCUUUGGAUUCCAGUACUUGCAAUUCACCAUAGUGAGGAACUCUGGGGAAAGGAUGUACAUGAAUUCAACCCAGAGAGAUUUUCAGGGAAGUCAUUUGCUCCGGGCCGGCAUUUCAUUCCGUUUGCAGCAGGACCUCGCAAUUGUGUUGGUCAAUCCUUUGCACUGAUGGAGUCUAAGAUCAUAUUAGCCAUGCUGUUAUCACAAUUUAGCUUCACCAUCUCGAAGAACUAUCGUCACGCUCCGAUUAUGGUCUUGACUCUUAAGCCCAAACAUGGAGUUCAGAUCUGUUUGAAACCUUUAAACCCAUGAGAUCAAUCGCUGAUUGUGAGGUUGAGUUUUGUACCCCCUCCUCCCUCCGAGAAAGUUUGAUAUUGAGCCCCGGCCAAAUUUUGUUUUAUUCCUUGUACAAGGAGACGUAAACGAAUUAAUUAAGUAAAUAAUAAACAAAUGAAGAGUUCAUGGCUCAUCCCUGAGUUUGCCUUUUCGGUUAUAAACUAUGGACUUCAAUGGAGAGAGAGAGAGAGAGACAGGGAAGCUGGAUAAGCCUGCUAUUCCUAUAGAAAAUGAUUAAAGAAAUCAAAUACCAACUGAGGAUGAGGAAGAG